CGCGCGGCCCGGAGGCGGCUGCCUGUUCCCGGGAACAGGGCGGCUGCGGGGUCCGCGCUGUGCCGCGGAGGGCGGCGAGAAGCGGGGCAGAGGGCGGCGGUGACCCCGCGGGGCCGGGCCGGGAGCGCUGGGCUGCGGCAGCCAGCGGCGGGGCGGGGCGGGGGGCUGGCGGCGGUGUCGCCGCCGUCGCUGGCGGUGGCCCGGCUGGAUGGCCGGUCCCGCGGCUGCCCAGGGCGCCGGGCUCGCUCGUAUCGCAGGGCCGCGCGUCCCUCCGCCCGCAUCGCACUGCAUGUUGUAACGUGCCACUGAACCAACGCAUUUGGAACAGUCCAUAGCACCAAAAUCUUCAUCCACAUAGACUGAUGCCAUCUCUGCACACCCCAAACACUGUGAACUGAAGCUAAAAGUCUUUAUGGAGUUUAUAUCACCUGGGUCAAAGGGAAUAUUCUACUGAUAUAUAUAUAUCGAGGACCUUUACUGCCGAUAUGACGAGCCAGGAGAAGUGGGUUAACCUUAGCCCUGGAGAAUUCUCUCAACUUCAAAAAUAUGCAGAAUAUUCCACCAAGAAAAUUAAGGAUGUCUUAGAAGAAUUCCAUGGCAGUGGUGUGUUAGCAAAAUAUAAUCCUGAAGGGAAACAGGAUAUACUUAAUCAAACAAUUGAUUUAGAGGGGUUCAAGCUGUUCAUGAAGACUUUUCUGGAGGCAGAGUUACCAGAUGAUUUUGUUGAACAUCUUUUUACAUCAUUUAGUAACAAAAUAUCUCACUGCAGCCCAUUAAUAAAAAACAAGCCACAGCACCUUUCUGGAGUUAAGGCAUCUGAAGAGAGAUGGAAACAGAUGCCAGGUCUGAGACUUAACAAAGGUACCUCUACAUCCAGACCUCCUACUCCUGCCAACUUACAUUUACCCGACAUGAUCCAGCUGAAAGAUAUUGUUUGCUAUUUGUCACUGCUAGAAAGAGGAAGACCAGAAGACAAGCUAGAAUUUAUGUUUCGCUUGUAUGAUACAGAUGGGAAUGGAUACCUGGAUAGUUCGGAGCUGGAAAAUAUCAUUGCUCAAAUGAUGCAUGUUGCAGAAUACCUUGAAUGGGAUGUUACUGAACUGAGUCCAAUUCUUCAUGAAAUGAUGGAAGAAAUUGACUAUGAUCAUGAUGGCACUGUUUCUCUAGAAGAGUGGAUCCAAGGAGGAAUGACAACAAUACCACUCUUGGUCCUCCUUGGGUUAGAGAAUAAUGUGAAAGAUGAUGGGCAGCAUGUAUGGAGAUUGAAACACUUUAACAAGCCUGCCUACUGUAAUCUUUGUUUGAAUAUGCUAAUCGGAGUAGGCAAGCAAGGUCUCUGCUGUUCUUUUUGCAAGUAUACAGUCCAUGAACGCUGUGUCUCAAGAGCUCCCGCAUCUUGCAUCAAAACAUAUGUGAAGUCUAAAAAGAAUACUGAAGUAAUGCACCAUUUCUGGGUAGAAGGCAACUGUCCAACAAAAUGUGAUAAGUGUCACAAAACUAUAAAAUGUUACCAAGGCUUGACUGGACUUCACUGUGUUUGGUGUCAGAUCACAUUGCAUAACAAGUGUGCUUCACAUCUGAAACCUGAAUGUGACUGUGGACCUUUGAAGGACCAUAUUUUACCACCCACAUCAAUCUGCCCAGUAGUAUUGACGCUUCCCACUUUAGGAGGUUUGCUCCCUGAGGAAAGACAGGCAACAGUGAAAAAAGAAAAGAGUUGCCCCCAGCAAAUGAACAAACUGGGAGAACGGAGCAAAAUGCAAAGAGCAAAUUCUGUCACUGUAGAUGGACAAGGUCUUCAGAUCACUCCAGUUCCAGGCACUCAUCCACUUUUAGUUUUUGUCAAUCCUAAAAGUGGUGGGAAACAAGGAGAAAGAAUUUAUAGAAAAUUUCAGUACCUUUUAAAUCCUCGUCAAGUUUAUAGUCUUUCUGGAAAUGGACCAAUGCCAGGGUUAAAUUUUUUCCGAGAUGUUGCUGAGUUCAGAGUACUAGCAUGUGGUGGAGAUGGAACAGUAGGCUGGAUUUUGGAUUGCAUAGAGAAAGCGAACUUGAUUAAGCAUCCUCCAGUUGCUAUACUGCCUCUUGGGACCGGCAAUGAUUUAGCAAGGUGUCUGAGAUGGGGAGGAGGUUAUGAAGGUGAGAAUUUGAUGAAGAUCUUAAAAGACAUUGAGAAUAGCUCAGAGAUUUUACUGGACAGGUGGAAAUUUGAAGUAAUACCCAAUGAUAAAGAUGAGAAGGGAGACCCAGUGCCUUACAACAUCAUCAAUAACUACUUUUCUAUUGGCGUGGAUGCUUCAAUUGCCCACAGAUUCCACAUCAUGAGAGAAAAACAUCCAGAGAAGUUCAACAGUAGAAUGAAGAACAAAUUUUGGUAUUUUGAAUUUGGCACUUCGGAAACUUUCUCAGCCACCUGUAAGAAGCUGCAUGAAUCUGUAGAAAUAGAAUGUGAUGGAAUUCAGCUAGACUUAAUCAAUAUAUCUCUGGAAGGAAUUGCCAUUCUGAACAUCCCAAGCAUGCAUGGUGGAUCGAAUCUUUGGGGAGAGACAAAGAAAAGACGUAGCCACCGUCGGACAGAAAAGAAGAGGUCAGAUAAAAGAACCACUGUUACAGAUGCCAAGGAAUUGAAGUUUGCAUGCCAAGAUCUGAGUGACCAGCUUAUGGAAGUGGUUGGUCUGGAAGGAGCCAUGGAGAUGGGACAGAUAUACACUGGUCUGAAAAGUGCUGGAAGACGUCUUGCCCAGUGCUCGUCUGUUGUCAUCAGAACCAGCAAGUCUCUGCCUAUGCAGAUAGAUGGGGAACCUUGGAUGCAAACUCCUUGCACGAUAAAAAUUACUCACAAGAACCAAGCCCCCAUGUUGAUGGGACCUCCUCCAAAAACCGGUCUUUUCUCCUCUAUCAUCAAAAGAACAAGGAACCACAGCAAGGAAUAAGCCUAUGUAGUUUAGUUUUCAGAAAAACAAUUAGCUUUGUUGGGCUUUGGAAUAUUUAUGCUGGAAAUCUUUCAAGAAUUUUAGAACAUCUUCUACUUGCAAAAUCUUGGAUUUUGGUUUAACUGUUUCUGUAACUGAGCUAAUGUAAAACUAUGCUACUAGAAAAGAUGUUGUCACAGUUUUGUAGGCAUUUUGCAUGAUGAAAGCAGAUGUUUACAUAAAGUGAUGCAUAUUUUUUGUUGCAUGCAUUACCAUUUACUAAUCUAUGGGCUAAUUCUGCCAUGGAAUAUGGGAAGAGAAUGUCAUGGGUAAUUUGAUUUUCUCUCUUUUCCAUUUCACCUUUUUGUACUACAAUGAUCACAUGCCAUAGGUUCAAUAGUAUCUCUUGAAUCAAAGAUCUUCACAUGAACAGCCAAUUUGACCUGUUUCAGAGUAAAGUUUACUACAUCUCAUUAACCUGUAUUUUUAGUUUACCAUUUCUUUCUACCCUGAGAAUAUUUUUAUUCAACUGAGUAUUGAAAUCUUGGAUCUUAUUCUGAUAACUCCUAUGUAUAUGAGUAACUGUACCUGCAGAAAAGAAUUAACAAUAUGUACUGUAUUCAAAUUAUCAUGAUUAUUGUUGUGUAAUUUUUUUGUUAAGAUUGGAAGCCAAUGCAAGUUUUAGCAAAAAUUAUAACACUAAGGAAAUCAUAUUGAGUGAAGAUAAUAAUUCUUGCAAAACUAGCCAUCAGUGUUGUUUGCUGAAACACUAGAAUUAUUUUCAUGAACAAUACAUCUCUGUAACAUGGCACACUUUAAAUCAUUCUGCAUAUUGACCAAUAGCAUAGUGCAUAUGCACACAAAUAACCAAAGCUCAUGCCUAAUUAAAGUGCAUUUCCCACCAAAGAUUUAGUGAAGGAUGCUUCAGAGAAAUGGGUUAAUGCAUAAUUAAUCAAACUCACUGGAGUAGACUCACUUCUGAAAAUUUACAGUUCUUUUGAUUACAUUGACAAUGUCCAGACAAAUGUUGGGGUAGGAAAAAACAUUAAAUUAAUUGCAAGUAAAUACUCACUUUUCAUUUGUUUCAUAAGUUAAUAGGCAUAGUCGCAUACUCUAAAUAUUGAGACAUCGACAUGAACUCUAAAUUAAUUUAGAAAAUUAAAUUUAUAUCCAAUUUUUGUCAUAAUUACUUAUAAAUUUAUGCCAUCCAUAAUUUACUCAUCACCUAAAUUAAUCUCAUAAGGAAAGAAUAAACUGUUAUCUAUUCCCCUUUCGUAGUCUGCUGUCUGGAAUCAAAACAUUUCUUGUCAUAAAUUUUGGGGAGGCAGUUGCUCAGGUUUUAACCUUCUUAGCCCUUUUAGAGACUUCCUAACAGCUUAGAAAUCAUAGUACAGGGAUUUGUCCGAGGUUUGCACAGCACAGUCUAACGUUGAAGGGAAGUCCAAGAACGACAACUUUUUUCGGUCCUGCAUAUAAACAGUCUCAAUCAAAACUUUUUAUGCAGUCUUAACAUUGUUUUCUGUUCAGAGUGAGCUGCUUCUCAGCUCUGCAUGUCUUAAGUUUUCAGAUUUCCUCAAAAAAACAAGGAAAAAACAAAACUUUGCUUGAAAUGCAUGAUUUUCCGUUUUUAUCCAGACUUAAAAAUGUUAAUGGUUUAUUAAAUCUAUUUUUCUAUUGAUUCAUUCAUCCAUUUUAAAAGUAAUACUUCAUCAUGCUGUAGUGCACGGUACUGUGCAUGUAUUUAAAUAAAGUUGCUAUCAUUUGUUCCUCAGUAUAAGAAUUCAACAGAGUUGUACUUUAAAUAAUAGACACUGAAAUACAAGUCAGUAUAUAGUUGAUAAGGGUUAUGUCUUUGAAAUAUAAAGUCUGUGUUCUGUAAACAUUAGGAGGUAAAUACCAAUUAAUGUUAUGUUCCGCAUUAGGUAGAAAAAUAUGAAGGUGAUUAUUUGCUAAAAUUAAGAUCUUGUAAUUCACCCUCCUUAGGUCCAGUGGUGUUGACAAUUACAGUUACUAUAGGAGUAAACUUGUAUUUUUCCUGUGCAUUGCAAACACACACACACACACACACACACACACACACAGUCACACACACAGAGAAGCAUUUGAUGCACUUAACUAUGAACAUACAUAAGUAUAGAGCAAAAGUUAUUUGCAAAAAGAAGGAAUUUGCUGACAUAAUGUUACAUAAAGUAUAUAUUGGUUUUAUGAAAUUAUAGUUACAGGUGGUAAAUAUUUUCACAUAACUUGACAUAGGUUUUUCUACCAAUGCUCUCAACUUUUUGUGGCAAAAAUGUGUUUAACAAUAAUAUAUAAUGUGCUCUCUAUAAUUAUCUCAUGAACAUUGUAACUCUGAAAACAAAUAAAAUUAUACAUAAGCUAUUAUUUAAUAAUGUGUGCAAUUUUAAAUGUGCCAGUCUGUGAUAGCACUUACACACUUUUUCAUGUAAAGAGGGAUAGAUGAGUUCAUGUAAUCACAAUUACAUACAAUUCUGAUUAAACAUAUAAACGGUAAA